AGUACGUUUGUGUUUCGGCAAACGACCCAACGUUUGUUUGACAUUUAUGAGCUAGCAUAGAAAGCAUCGAGUUAAAUUGUGUGUCCAAAUUUCAUUUGUAUGUUUAGAAAAAAGUCCCUGUAUUUUCCGCAGCAAAUAGUCUUGUUCAUCGUAUUUCCGUGUGAUUGACGAAAAUAUGGAGGAUUUAAAUCAUGAGCAACAUCAAAUCCAUUCGAUGGCUGAGCAUGAAGCCGAAAUGCAGCGACAAAUGAUGUCGGUACCAGCGACCGGAACACAAAUGAUGAACACUCUACCGCCCGGUAUGCCAAUGUCGAAUAUCAAUCAAAAUAUCAUGCAACAAAACAACAUGGUGCCACCGCCACCGAUUGGUAUUCCAAUCAUGCAUAAUACCAACGAAAUCAAUCAGCCGCCGCCAUUCAAUCAACUGUCGGGCGAGCAAUCGAAUUGGGGAACCGAUGAAACCGAUAAAAGUGCACACAAUUUGCCGCCGCCGCCAUUGAUGUCGGUAAAAGUCGAUAAACCGGACGAGGUAAAAGGCAACCAGCAAAAUCCAAGUGAAGUGGUAUUACCAAAGGCAUUGGAAGAUGUGUUUGCAUUCAAAGAUCAAUUGGCCGAUGAAUUGGGUCGUGGCGAUGGUGAAAUACCAAUUGAAACCGAUAAAACGGCAUCUCGUCCAUUGACCGGUGUGAUUAGUACCGAUUAUGCGGAUGCUGAUGCCGAAUCCGAUGAAGACGACGAACUUCCAUCGACCACAUCGUCGGCCAAGUCAAAAGGUCAACAUCGAUUAGAUAAAAAUAAAAAGAAGAAGCAACGCAAGAAGCAAAACAAAAAGAAUCGUCAGAAUAAGCCACAACAAACGGGUGACGAGAAAAUUACCAAUGGAGAAGAGAAAUCGUCAGGGAAAUCAAGCAAGAACAGUGAAUCGACUGAUGAUGUGGCCAUCGAAUAUGUUCCGGAGAAAAUUACCGUUGCCGAUUUGGCACCAAUGUAUCGCCAAUUUUAUCGUGUAUUUGAACUGUUUAAAUUGGACGAAAAACCAGCCGCAUCCAAAACAGAAGAAACUACCGAAACCACUGAAGACACACAAAAGAAGGACAAAGAUCAUUUAUUGGACGACGAUGAUGAAGAUAUGGACGAUGACAAAAAAGAUGCAAACGGAGAGAAAUUAUCCAAGCGUAAAUUGAAGAAACUGACCCGAUUAAGUGUGGCCGAAUUGAAACAGUUGGUCGGACGUCCGGAUGUCGUUGAAAUGCACGAUGUUACCGCACGCGAUCCAAAAUUAUUGGUCCAAUUGAAGGCACAUCGUAAUACCGUUCAGGUGCCACGUCAUUGGUGCUUUAAGCGAAAGUAUUUGCAGGGUAAGCGUGGUAUUGAGAAGCCACCAUUUGAUUUGCCGGCAUUCAUUAAGAAGACCGGCAUCAUGGAAAUGAGAGCAUCGCUUCAGGAGAAGGACGAAGCGAAAACACUCAAGGCGAAAAUGCGCGAACGCACACGUCCAAAAAUGGGCAAAAUCGAUAUUGAUUAUCAGAAAUUACACGAUGCAUUCUUCAAAUGGCAAACGAAACCUCGCAUGACCAUUCACGGUGAUUUGUAUUAUGAGGGUAAAGAGUUUGAAACGCGGUUGAAAGAGAAGAAACCAGGCGAUUUAUCGGAAGAAUUGCGUACAGCACUUGGAAUGCCAAUUGGUCCGAACUGCCACAAAAUUCCGCCACCAUGGCUCAUCGCUCAGCAAAGAUACGGUCCACCACCAAGUUAUCCAAAUUUGAAGAUACCUGGCUUGAAUGCACCCAUUCCAGAGGGAUGCUCGUUCGGUUAUCAUGCCGGCGGCUGGGGCAAACCACCAGUCGAUGAGAAAGGAAAACCACUUUAUGGUGAUGUGUUCGGAACCAGUUCGUUGGAUGCUGAUAGCGGAGUCGAAGAGGGUGAUAUUGACCACAACAUUUGGGGUGAAUUGGAAUCCGAAUCCGAAGAAUCAUCGGAAGAGGAAGAAGAAGAUGAGAAUGAAGAUAUUGAUGCACCACUUGAUGAGAGCGGUCUAGUAACACCAGCUGAAGGCAUGGUCACACCAUCUGGUCUCACUAGUGUCACAGCCGGCAUGGAAACGCCCGACACAAUUGAAUUGCGUAAAAAGAAGAUUGAAAGCGAAAUGGAAGACAAUGAAACUCCAGUCCUUUAUCAAGUGUUGCCUGAGAAACGUGGCGAGCGUAUCGGUGCUUCAAUGAUGGGUUCAACGCAUGUUUACGAUAUGUCAACGGCUACCGGUGCAAAGCCACCACAAAACAUUGCCGGUGCUCAUCGUGUUGGCGAUCGCGAAGGAAUGGUUGAGCUAGCUCUCGAUCCAUCCGAAUUGGAUUUGGACAAUGAUGCAAUGGCCCAACGUUACGAACAGCAAAUGCGUGAACAACAAAGCCAUUUGCAGAAGGAGGAUCUAUCGGACAUGCUUGCCGAGCAUGUGGCCAAGCAAAAAUCCAAACGAAAGCGUCAACAAGGCAGCGAAACAACAUCAAAACAAACGAAAAAAUACAAAGAGUUCAAAUUUUAAGUUCAACCACAUACAUCAUAUGUUUGAUCAAUUAUUCACUUCUUAUUUGUAUAUCUUUCUCAGUUGCGAUAGAACAUUCGUGAAUUUAACCCUAAUAAAAAAAAACCUACAUGCGGAUUGCGAUAAAAUAAAA